CUUAGUUUUUAUAGCAAAGGUUCUUCAAUAUUGAUUAAUGAGCAAAAAUUAGUAAAAUAGAAUUUUAAAUAUAUAAUAUAUCUAUUCAUUGUUGAAAUUGUUGAAACCUUCCCAAGAAGUUCGCUCAUCUCACUUUCCCAUUUCAACUGAAUAAGAGCAUCUCCAAUCCAAUGCUAUUUGUAAAUUAUAGCAGAUGAGUUUUAAAUAGGCUCUGCAAAAGAAUGUCAUUUGGCCUGCCAAAUUUUAACCUCGCCAAUUCUAGCACAUGAAAUGACACUUACUAUUUCUGAUAUUUCGUUCCUAUGUAGGGCAAGAGAGACCGAGAGAGAGAGAGAGGAGAACGGCGGCAACAAAUUACGGGAGGAAGCACUGAACAAAUUACGGGAGAGUUUGAAUGCGGAUCGUUUUUCAGAUGAUGAAUUGGAAGAGACUAGCUCUUCGUCACCAAGCAAUGAUGAGGACGAAAGUGAUGCUCAGAAGCUCACAAGGGCUCAGAGGAAGCGCGUUCGGAGUAAGAAACUCAAGAGAGCCGCUUCGCGACGCCAAGAAAUUAUUGGGCCAUUGCUACCUACUGCAAGUGAUGAUAUCAAUUGUGAUGGUGAAAAUAAUCAUGUCAAAAAUGAACCACCAGAUGUUUGACGAAAUGCCGCUUUGGAACCAGAGACUGAGUGACAAUGGAGGAAAGCCAAUUGCUUUCACCAAUCAGAACAAGCUGAAGCAGAGAAGGAUGGCAAAAAGGUUGGCCAGAGAAAGGUCGAAGAAGUCCUCUAAUAUGAAGAAUUAUCAUCAAGAUCGUCAACCUUCCAGUGGAAAUGAAGACUAUUCGAAAUUCUGAAUGUGUUAAACCAAAGUGAUAUUGUGUUUGGAAAUUUAUGUAUGGUGACGGUCAAAGCACGUCCAGUCCGGCGUAGCUGCCAAAAUGAGCAGAAUUUCAUUGGAUUCGAUUCAGAUGAGUUGCGUUUGUGCAAUGGUUUGUUAAUUGGCUUAUGGACCUAUGGUGAAAAUUUCAUGGGCACCAAUUCAAUUCCACACAAAUUGGGAUGAGCUUACUGCUAAUACUCAUACUUCUUAUUCUUGUAAA